AUGGCCACAAGAAGUUUACUUGAUCUGCGGUUCGAUCUACAAUGCAACACCGUCCCUUCAAAGCAACAGCCUUACAGUCUUCAACACUUGUGCAGAAAAAAUAUUAUCGUUUGUAUCAUAAAGUCUGUAGGAUUAUUCGAAGUUCACAAGGCAUGUGCUAAGCUUCCAAUACCGAAAAUCGUUGUGAACUAUCUAACGAACAGUUCAACGAAGGACGAACAUUUUGAUAUUAGAACUUGGGGCUCGUUAGUUGAGCUAGGGUAUUCUGGAAAAUGCCUUCUCUAUGGUGAACUUGUCACGCUCAAGUGCAUCGAUUUGAGAAGAACAGUGAGAAUUUUAAGGAAUGAAGCUAUUCAAUUCAAGGACAAAUGGAUGAGUGUUGAUCACGAGAAUAUUUCCAAAGCUAUAGUAUGUUUCGAGGCGAAUAAUGUGAUUGGUGCAAUUUUUGAGCCUUGUGCACCUAGUAUCAAGGAUAUCGUAGCACAGUACAGCGAUAUGAACGAACAAAUAGACGAAAAAUAUAUAUGGAGUGUCCUUGGACAACUAUCUAGUGCCUUAAUGUAUUUGAGUAAGAAUGGUAUAAGUCAUUAUAAGCUGUGUAGUAAAAUGAUAUCGGUGACCGGUACAUGGGAAGUAAGAGUUCAAAACCUGUUGAUGCACUAUAGCAUUAACGACAGUCUCACACCUCUACAAGAAGAUAUGUACUAUGGGAUGUACCUAGCCCCUGAGAGGAUAGAGGGUAGGCCAUGUAAGGACAAGCAAGAUACUUGGCUCAUAGGGUGUAUAGCAUAUGAAAUGAUUCACAGGAAAACUGCUUUUAAAGUCCAUGAAGGAAUGUCAUUGUUUGAGACACUCAAUAACAUAGUCAAAGGGUGUCCACCACCUCAGCUGUCCGACCUAAAUGGGUACUCCAGCGAACUCAUGAACUUAACACGAGCUUGUCUUACGCACUUAGAACAGGUUCGGCCAUCUUUAGAAGAGGUUCACCUUGCUAUACAAAAUAAUAUCAGUGGUCAAAACUAA